UAUUGACCAUGUGUGUUUGUGCGUCGUUCACCGCUAGAGUAUUGAAAAACAUUGUGACUCACUCCAGGCACAGGCCGAUCUAACACAAACAUACUCUCGAGUUGUUUUCGUCGAUAACAUAGCAGUGUUUGUGAAGGCAUCUGUGUCCUAGCUUCGCUUAUUCCAGCCCAUGUUUGACUGUGUUCUCACAUUGCGAUCGUCACGUGGCUCUGGCCACCCACGUUUCGUUGGAUUGUGGGUAAACACUCGGUAAACAGUGGAUUUUCAUCGGCUGGAAGCCAUUUCAUCAGUAAGUGAUGUCUGCACAUUCACGGACUCAAGAAAGCAAUGCUUGGGCUCUUUUAGCCCUUAAAUCAGCCCCAGCAAGUCCUUCAAAGCUGCAAUGGAGCCCAGAAAACAAGGGUACACCAAUCGCUCGCCUGGAGGGACGGGAAUUCGAGUAUUUGGUGCGACAGAAGAGGGUGACCAUCGGCCGGAACAGCUCUAGAGGCGAGGUGGAUGUAAACAUGGGCGUUUCUAGCUUUAUUUCAAGAAAACACCUCGAGAUAUUCUACGAGCACCCUCAUUUCUACAUGGUCUGCGGAGGCAAGAACGGAGUUUUCGUCGAUGGUGUAUUUCAAAGGAAAGGGGCCCCAUCAUUACAGCUGCCGAAAAGGUGUCAGUUUAGAUUUCCCAGCACAAGCAUACGACUUGAAUUUCAAUCAUUAAUUGAAGAAGGUGCACUACCUGUGGAAGUAGCCACACAUCACCAUGCCUCACCAAGCCGUCAUCGAGCUCCUUUACCCCCGUUACGGAUCAACAUUCCCAACUCUGACCUUACCUUUGGAAGCCCUUUCCCCUCUCCAACUGGAACCAUAAGUGCUGCUAAUUCAUGCCCAGCAAGUCCUCGUGGCGCUCAUGCACGAAGAAACAUUAGUGCAGAUUUGCAGAUGGUUGCAGCUUGUGUUGCCAAGAGUAAUAGUGGAGCCCAUCCUGUUGUCAACACUAUCACUGUGGCCACAUCAGGAGAUGACAGAGGUGAGGUGUUGGUUGGAGCUGCAACAUCUAGUCAUGGAAGCGUGACACUAUCUGUUCCCUCACCUGAAGGUUCAUCUCAUUCAUCGACACUAGAGCAGGUUCUGAUCCAGUCUGGAAAUGGUCAUAAGGUUUACAGCGGUGGCUCUAAUGGCACCCAUUGCCCUCCACCUAAUCAAGAUAACUACAGUCCACCCAAGGAUGACUCUAAACCUCCAUUUUCAUAUGCUCAGCUCAUUGUUCAAGCUGUAGCAUCUGCUCCAGACAAACAAUUAACUUUGAGUGGAAUCUACUCGUACAUUACUAAAAACUAUCCCUAUUAUCGUACUGCUGACAAGGGAUGGCAGAACUCUAUCAGACACAACCUCUCACUCAAUAGGUACUUUAUUAAAGUACCACGAUCGCAGGAAGAGCCUGGCAAAGGUUCUUUCUGGAGAAUAGAUCCCCAAUCAGAAGCCAAACUUAUUGAGCAGGCUUUCAGGAGAAGAAGGCAGAGAGGAGUGCCUUGCUUUAGAGCACCGUUUGGACUCUCUUCGAGGAGUGCCCCUGCCUCACCUAGCCAUGUGGGAAUGAGUGGCUUGAUGACACCUGAAUCACUCUCAAGGGAAUGUUCGCCAACACCUGAUCAGUAUCCUGACAGCACUGUAGCUUCUCCUGCUGUUGGACAACAUUUGGAACUGAAAACCAGCCAGUCUGCUCCAGGAUCUCCAGGACACUCGGGAGCUGGUGGAAAUAUUGGUUCUGUCUUGCACAGUGUGCCCACUCAGCAUGUGACUGUUGUCACUAAUGGUGUUUCAGGAGAAGUUGUUCACGAGUCAAGUGAUAAAUAUGGUGUUGGAAAUCAUGUUGGUGGACAUCAGUUGAUAGUGUCUGAGGAACAAUCAUUGUCACCGCCUACAACUUACUCGGCACCUGUCAUAGUUCAAACAUCAUACUCAAACUACAGUAACUCGUAUGGAGGUACAUCAGUUAUCACAGAACAUAGUAGCAGUUCUGGCAUCAAACGGCCACUUGAUGCUCCUGAAGAAUAUGAAGAGAGUUAUGAAGUUCACACUGAAACUGUCACCACAGAGACAGAAAUAUCCUCCGACUCUCAUCGCAAUGACAGCGCAAAGAAACCAAGAAUUGGUGAAGACUCUAAUCACAAUGCAGAUUCUGCACCUCAUUCUCAUGAGUAGUGUAGUGCCGUAAAUUAAUUAAUCUCUCUUAAUUUGGCUAUGAUCUGCAUAUUGGCUUAAUGGUUGACUAUAAAUUUGCUUGUGGCUUCACACACUCCUCAGUCUUCUUAUCUUCUGUUGAAAUGAUGUUUUCCUGCUAAUGUGAAGGGAGAACACCUGCUUCAUUGGGUUUGGUACCUAUUUGUUCAUUACUAUGUGCUGAAAUGGAUGUAGUUAAUAGGUUCUAACCUAACCUUUGUUGAUGUUGACGAUUGUACUUUGGAUAUUUGCUUUUAUCUACAUUGUACAUUGUAUCCCAAAAUUAUUUUUGAACCGUUGUUAUUAGAAGCAAAUCAUAUAAUACAAACGACAAAACCAUGUUGAGAUUUGUUAGUAAUCAUUGUACAAAUAUUUAAAAAAUGUAAGUGAAUACUCCUGUGUUGAAAUCUGCUGUUGUUUUGGAGAUUGUUAUUUAUCAAACAUUGUGUUGAAUGUUUGAGUUAGCAUGUUGUUUUUCUCUAAUAUUUUCUUGAUGUGCUAGGUACGUUACCUAAAAGGCAGGGUGCAUAAGUCUCAGAUACAAGGCAUCGAAGGAGUAGUGUUGUCUUUUUAUGUGAAGUGGUGACAUGAAAUUUGUGAUCAUUUUAAAGCACUGUAAUUGCAAUUGUACCGAAGCACCAUUGUCAUGCAUUAUUUAAUGGCAACUCGUAAAAUUUCACUUAUCUCUUUAUAGAAACCCUUGCCACCUGAUUAUUUACAUAUAUCUGUAGAUAUAGGUUUGUGGUUCUUUAGUGCUUACUUUGAUGUUUUAUUGUUGACUUUAAGUACUAAGUGCUGAUUGGGUUUUGGUAGCUAUUUGAUCAAUAAGGGUUGUUUAUUUCAGUACAAGCAUGACAAUGUGAUUCAGUAUGAUCACGUCAUCAUGUAGCUGUUAGUCGGACUCCCCACUAGAUGGCGUGGCAGUUCUAGAACCUUUUUUGUUUUUGGUUUCAUAAUAGUUUGGAUAAAGUAGGAGAAAGCGAGGACUAGUCAUUUUUUUCCAUGUUGUAUUUGUGUAUUUGCAACACACAUGCUACCGUAAUAUGUAGGAUACAGUGAGCUUUGCCAUAGCUUUCAAAGCAGGCUGUGAGUGACUGUGUUGUCGAAGUUUCUUGUGAGUUGUUAUACCACAUUAACUCUUUAUGUUUUGUGACAAGUCACCUGCAUUUGUACAAGUGGUGAAGUCUUGUAUUGAGCUGGAAAACUAUUAUAUUUAUUUUAAAACCUCUGACAAGAUCUUUUCUUUUCUUUUUUUUCUGUUUUUUGUUCCCUUUGAUAAUGCACUUGGAGGCAUUGGCCUUACAAAAAUGCAUAUGAAUUUGAAGCUCUUGUAUUUCAUGUUUUGUGAUUGAAGUAUUUAAUUUUGGAUGACUUGUAUUUCAUGUUGAAUUAUUUGUGGUAGUUGGUAUCACAGGAAGUUAUUAUGGUGGAUUAAGUCUGAUUAUUCCAUUAUUUGAAUCAUUUCACAGUCAGUCAGAGUAACUGUCUUCAAGCAGUCAGUCACUAAAUCAUAAUGCAAUCAUGGUGACAAUGUCGAAGCACUGAGUACACAGCCAAUAAUGAGCAAAUAUCGUUUCCCAACCCAACAUUAUCUCUUCAAAUACCUAGGACUUAAUAUGAUAAUUGCCAUAUUUUAAGUGUACACAUGUCUUUCAUACUAGAAAACAGUAUUGUAGUUCUAAUCAUCUUGAUAGUGUUGCACCUGUACCAUUUUCUUUACAUCAAGGCCGUACAACAUUUGUAUCAUAGUUCCAAGUGCAUUAAAUUUUUUGGUUAAAAAUAAACAGUUGAUAGGUAUACUGUUACAUUUCAUCAUGGUUUCUGUCAGUUUUCUCUUAUUGUAAAUCUGCCUUACGUAUGGUUCAUGCACAGGUGCAUUAUAAAAAAUUACUUUCCCCUUUUAAUUGUUUUGUUCGUGUACCUUUUAGAUGUCUUUUACAAAAUUUGUAAUCUUCAUUGUGAGUGUCAAAUUGCAGUUUGCUUGUUACUGGAAAGAUGACACCAUGUACUGUGAUUAGUCAUGACUGCUGUUAACUUGUAUUGCGAAAGAUUUUACAAAGAUGUUGGUUGUAAUUCAUCUUCGGUCUUCUAUAGUGUCAAGCAUGCCAGAUGCUUAACUAACAACCUUUGCAUUAUGGUUUAAUGUCACAUCCAUGUGUGGUUUGAUAUUAAAUCAUAGUUGGAGGACUUAUUGCCAAACUACACAGCAAUAAAAUUCUGGGCAAUUCAGUUGUCAUACGCUAUCAUCAAAUUCACACCAAAGGGGUAUAGGAGGCAAUAAUCUGCUAAUUGUAAAUAUUUUUUUCUUCAAAAUUUUUCUGUUUUAGAUUAUCUGAUUCCAUUUCAAGUGUGCUCUGGUUGGAAGAUAAGUGCUUCUUUCCUAAUGGACUAAGACCAUUGUACAAUAGAACAUUCAGUUCUGUUCGUUUCUUUAAAGUAAAGGAAUUGUGAUCUGCAGGACAGUCUUUCAUGUGUUGUAAUUAUUCAGUGUGGUUUCUUUCUUACUAAAAGCCAUUGCUGUAUUUUGAGUCUUGUGGGUUGACCUCAGUAUCCCUUGAGUGCGUAUAGUUAAAAACUGUUGAGUAGAUGUAGUGAGGCUAGUUCUGGCCAACUUAGUGAUUGUGGACAGAUUUAUUGCCUACUUUAUCCUUCAGCAUCUCUGAGAUGUAGGCUGUAUUAGGUCCAAUAUCUUGCUUCUUUGUGGCAGGUAGCUUUUUCCCUCCCUCCCUUCAACUAAUGUACAAGCACUAAUAAAAUUUAAGUUAAAACAAUUUAAUUUUAGGAAACUCAAGAGUUAAAGAACAAAUUGUUGAAUUUUUAAGGUUUAUUCUUUGUAUUUUACCUUGCUAGGAGCAGUCAAAAUUUGUGCAUUUCAGUUGAGCUUGGUACUUUUUGAACGUUUUGGAUAUGGAUAGACAUUUCAUGUAAGGGUGCUAAACUCAUUUUACAAUGCUCUUAUGCUUUUUCUUUCAUAUUUUGUUUUGUUUUGUUAAGUCUCUUUAAGAAUUUUCUCACUGUAGACAUCUCCAGUAUUAAACUUCAAAGAACAAUACACUUGUCCUCUUUAUGAAAACUAAGAAAUGACUCUCUGGCCUUUCUUUCCUCAAUGUAAGGAUUGCUUGUGGAAAUUGAAUGAAGAGUGUGAUCAAUUGGUUUGUGCUCCUAUCCACCUUGCUGUUGAUUUGAAUUUCAAGUUCGCAAUACAGCACUAGCAUUAGUUUAUAUCUUAGGUUCUUUCUGACUUUGUGACUAAGUCUUCUUACAAUCUGCAUCUUUCAGCCAGCCAUUUAAAAAGGCAUUCUUCGGAGCUGUUUAAAAUUUUAGAAUUGGUUGUAUUGUAUGUCUUGGAGGGGAAUAGGCAGUGCCAUUGUGUCCUGGUUACAAGUUAAUGCAGCUAUGUUUUUGUUUCUCUCCAAGAGGAAUUGUUCAAAGCAGAAUAUAAUUUUUCAUGUUUAAAACAAGGCUAAUAGUCUAUCACAGACCAGAACAGUCAUUUAAAGUUGAUACUUAGUUGGUCACAAGGAAUAUUAUUGUAAGAUUACGGUGGUUACCGACUUAAGUUUUCUGAUAUCUUUUAUCCUGUCUCCGGUCCUAGCGUUAGGUAAAUUCAUCUAUCUCUGUCAUUGUUCACCCCACUGAAAGUUUUUAUGAAUUUAAUAUAUAUAAUGUGUAGCAUAUAUGCAUUAACAACUUUGUAUGUACAUAUUUUUGUGUAAAUAAUGUACUGUUGAACCAAAUGUGUAACUGUAACUUUAAAAAAGGCAAUUGAUACAGAGGAUUAUUCCCUUACACAACCAUUCACAACAGGUGAUGUCUGAAAGAAAAUGGCUGUUUGGAAUUUAUUUCAAUUUUAAAUGCAUAGUUUGGCUUCUUUUGAUUUUUAUGAAGAAUGCUUAUAUUGUACUGUACUGUAAGCAAUUUUUUGAGUUGUUGCGUUUUGUUAGUGGUGCCUUGGGUACCUUAUUUUCUCUUCUGAAUUAGUGCUAGAUCAAUAAAUUUGUUUAAAAGGCCCCAAAGAUUUGAAGGAUAUAUUAUUUGAGGUGCAUGUUGAGUGUGCCAGCAGUGUCGUGCAUUCUUUCCUUGAAGUACGAAUAUUGUAAUUUGAUGAAUAUAUGCAGAAUAAAAACUAUGUAUGUUGAA